UAUCUGUAAUUUGAAAUUCGGACGUCAUUCAAACAUUUGUAAAUAAACAGCCAAACAAUCAAUCCAGUUUUCAUACAAAAUGUAAAUUUAUAGAAAUUCUUACAAUGACGUCGAAGCAGAUGGUUGCUGAAGCGGUUGGGGAGGAAGCUGCUGUAGAACAAGCAAGUGAAGAACCAAAAAGCCCAGGACCGGGGCUGCCGCCAAUGAUUGUUCUAAAUCCUCGGAAAAAAAUAACUGCACACAAGAUUCACGUUACUGAAUUACGAGAAGAAGUUAAACAGAAAUACGAGCCAGUGGAUUUGAAUACUCACCACUUGGUGCACUAUGAAGUCAAACGACCACCGCUUCCUGUACCAAUGUCCCCAUUGCAGAUAACGUGGGCCCCAGACACCUUAUGUAUUACUAUGGAGUCAGAACCUGUGGUUUCAAAGUUAUGGGUUUGGAAUUCGAGCACUCGUCCUAUCUAUAUGCAUGUUUGCGGGCUGUGGGAGGAGACUGCUCGCUUUGGUGCCAGUUGGCGCUGCUACCCGCGUACCAGGUUCUGGAUGCCCACAGGAUUGAGAUCAGAAGUACGGAUAAGAGCAAAACCUCGUGAGAUAUCCCCCGUACCAUGCGCCACUGCCUAUCUGCAAUUAGCAACUGAACAUAUGAGAGAUAACGUCACUGGAUACUUUGCUAUACCAAUGAAGAUCAAAUUUUUAAAUUAUAUUUCGCCCCCCGCAAGUGAAGGCUAAUAAUCAUGCUAUAAAAUGGAAAAAAUAGAACAAAAUGUGUCGGUACGUAUUUGGAAAAAAAU